AUGUGGUUCAUUCGAAAAAACUGUCCAUCAAAUGUAUCUGUUGUAAUAUUUUUAAUAUUACUUACUAUUUCUUUAUACAUAACAUUUUAUAGUAAAAUAUUUCCUGCAACACCACCAAGUAUUAAAUUACAUGAAAUACCACAUGUUAAAUUACUUGAAUCAACACCAAAUAUUACCUUACCUGAAACACCACCAAAUAUUACAUUACUUGAAACACCACUAAAUAUUACAUUACCUGAAAAACCAUAUAUUAAAUUACCUAAAAUUCCAAAAGAAAUUAACAAUAUUUCAAUUGUAUAUCUUGAUAGUUGA